AUGUCAACUGACCAGCGGGAGCUCGAGUACAAUCAGCAUUCGGUACAAACUACCGGUGCCGAGGGAACUCUUCCAGCAAAUGCCUUGCAGUCUUACGGCGCCCCGGUCACAAACUGGGCGACAUCUAGAUUGUACCUGACGCAGCAACUCAUGAAUCCUCAGGCUCUCCGACACUCUGGAUACAGUAACGCGUGGGGUACGCCUUUCUCAGGACCAAGCGAACAACCCAGCAUGUCUCAUCCAGCACAAGCGUUUGCCCCUCAAACUUCUGAAUAUUCCUCUAUCUACUCUCCAUCUUCAAACUUUUCUACCAUGGUUCAUUCAUCAACAAUGGGUCGUCUCGGUUCCCAAGAGAUGAGAAGUGAAAUUGGUGCCAUUAUUUUUGGACGAGAUGAACGGAGUCUCUCUUCACCUUGGGUCGGCCAGCAGCACGUCCAGCACGUUCAACGACGACGUUCUAUUUAUCCUAUGAACAUGCAGCAAUCCAUACAACAGGAAGAAUCUGAUGGAAGUUCUCCAUCCAACCUGGUUACCUCUUUAUCACCUAUCUCAACCGCUUCCCCUAACUACCCCUCACACUCUUCAGAGGGCGCGCACUCGACUCCGAUGAGCAAUAUGGCUGAUGAAGCUUCCCCACUAACUACCGGCAGCUUGGGUGAGAUGACUGAGGAAGAUCAUCACACUGAUCCUCCCUACUCUCAACUUAUUUUCCAAGCCUUGAGUGAGGCUCCGGAUUUCAAACUACAGCUUCAAGAUAUCUAUGCCUGGUUUGAGAAAAACACAUCCAAGGGCAAGGAUCCUGCCUCAAAAGGAUGGCAAAACAGUAUCCGCCACAAUCUAUCGAUGAAUCAAGGAUUCUACGCUAUCAAGAAUGAAACUCGCGGCGGCAAGAGAACUAUGAGCUUUUGGAGUCUUACAGCGGAAGCUAUCAGAAAUGGUAAGGUGGAAUCUACCACCCGUUUCCGAAAGUCAGUUCCCAAAAAGUCUCAAUGCGCCGACUCGCCGACACGUCGUGGGGGAGGAAACCAGAAAGGAAAAGUGACCGGAAAAUGGACUGAAUUACGCCAGGCGAACCGGAGUCGCGAAAGACAAGCCCGCAAUUUAGUGGAGUCGCAAGCUCCCCAGCAACAGCAACAGCAGCAAGCCCCUGUGACAAUCGAUGAUCGGUACCCUCCACAGCCAGAGUCCAUUAAUGAUCGUUACAUUUCACAGCCCGAGCUACCGCCCUACCAGGGGUCUCCCAUGGCUUCUGAGCCCUACCCCCCGAGAGAAUCAGUUUCCUUCGGAUUUGAAACUGUGAGCAAUUGCAUUCCUUCCCCACAUGGCAGCAGCCCGGCCUUCAGUGAUCACAACCAGCCUAGUCCGGAGUGCUUGGCUGCAAUCCGGCAGCGGCAGGCACUGAGGGAGCAGAUGGGCCUGCAGCAGCAGUAUGUACGAAGUGGGUUUAAUCCUGGCCCCAAUAAUGGGUCCAUGGCAAGUUCGGUGACCCACUCGAACAUUCAAAAUGGAGUCUGA